GAAGCAGAGCACAGACCAAAAUCAAGAAUACAAAAUUGAACCCCUAAAGCUAAAGUUCCGCCGCGAAAUAAAUAGCCAAAAAGAAGAGACGGUGCACUCCCAAUUAAGAGUGAGAGAAGAAGAAGAAGAAGAAGAAGAAGAAGAAGAAGAAGAAGAAGCAACUAGCGCCAGCAGCUGAAGCAGAGAAGAAUGGGAAAGAAAACGAAGAAACCCGGCAAAGGAAAAGAGAAGACGGAAAAGAAAACUGCAAAAGCCGAGGUCAAAAAGGCGCGACGUGAGUCCAAAAAAGUAUCUCCCGAAGAUGACAUCGAUGCUAUUUUGUUGAGUAUACAAAAAGAGGAAGCCAAAAAGAAGGAAGUCCAUGUUGAAGAUAAUGUCCCAGCACCAUCUCCAAGAUCAAAUUGUUCGCUAACUGUUAAUCCCUUGAAAGAGACCGAACUCGUGCUUUAUGGUGGUGAAUUUUACAACGGAAACAAGACAUUCGUUUAUGGUGAUCUUUACCGGUUUGAUGUGGAAAAGCAAGAAUGGAAGUUAAUUUCGAGCCCCAAUAGCCCGCCCCCUCGAAGUGCUCAUCAGGCAGUUGCAUGGAAGAACUCUCUAUAUAUUUAUGGUGGUGAAUUUACAUCUCCAAAUCAAGAGCGUUUUCAUCACUACAAGGAUUUUUGGGUGCUGGACUUGAAAACAAAUCAAUGGGAGCAACUGAACUAUAAAGGUUGCCCUAGUCCACGAUCAGGUCACCGAAUGGUACUGUACAAGCACAAAAUCAUAAUUUUUGGAGGAUUUUAUGAUACUCUUAGAGAAGUGAGAUACUACAAUGAUCUACAUGUAUUUGAUCUGGAUCAGUAUAAGUGGCAAGAGAUAAAACCUAGACCAGGAUCCUUGUGGCCUAGUGCUCGAAGUGGAUUCCAGUUUGUUGUUUACCAAGAUGAGAUUUAUUUAUAUGGCGGCUACUCAAAAGAGGUUUCAUCAUCAGACAAAAAAGUCUCAGAAAAGGGAAAUGUUCAUUCAGAUAUGUGGUGCCUUGAUCCUAAAACCUGGGAAUGGAAUAAGGUCAAGAAGACUGGGAUGCCUCCUGGACCUCGUGCUGGUUUCUCUAUGGCUGUCCAUAAGAAGAGGGCACUGUUCUUUGGAGGAGUGGUUGAUAUGGAAAUGGAAGGUGACGUAAUGAUGAGCUUGUUCUUGAAUGAGAUUUAUGGUUUCCAACUUGACAACCAUCGCUGGUAUCCGUUGGAGCUGCGGAAGGAGAAGGCAACGAAACAUAAGUUAAAGAAGGAUUCUGACGAGAUGAAAGUGGCAGAAAGGCAAAAUAUAUCAUCCCUUGACGAAGAUGAAAAUUCCGAUGAUGAUGCUGACAUGGAUGUUGACGUAAAAAAUAUAUCUGCUAGUUUGCAUAAAAAAGUAACAGUUGUUGAUGACAAAGAAGUAUCUGGAUCUAGCAAGAAAUUCGCGGUGCAAGAAUCUGAUUUACCAGAGAUAGUGAAACCUUGUGGACGGAUCAAUUCAUGUAUGGUCGUUGGAAAAGAUAUGUUAUAUUUGUAUGGUGGCAUGAUGGAAAUCAAGGAUCAAGAGAUUACUCUUGAUGAUAUGUAUGCACUCAACCUUAGUAAACUGGAUGAGUGGAAGUGCAUCAUUCCGGCGUCUGAAUCAGAAUGGAUUGAAGUAUCAGAUGAUGAAGAACAGGAUGAAGACGAAGAUGAAGAUGAUAGUGAAGACGAAGAAGACUCUGGCAGUGAAGAUGACAGCGACAAAUCUGAUGAUGCGGAUGGAGACGUGGAGAUGGGGGAUGCCGUUGCUAUAAUAAAGGGAGAAGGAAAAACCCUCCGGAGGAAGGAGAGACGGAUCAAGAUUGAACAGAUCAGAGUCACCCUCGGCCUUUCUGAUUCACAGAGAACGCCAACGCCUGGGGAAUCUCUCAAGGACUUCUACAAACGUACGGAUAUGUACUGGCAAAUGGCUGCUUAUGAGCAUACACAGCACACGGGAAAGGAACUCCGUAAAGAUGGAUUUGAUCUUGCUAAGAUGAGGUACAAGGAACUGAAACCGAUACUCGAUGAGUUGGCAAUCUUGGAGGCGGAGCAGAAGGUGGAAGAGGCAGAGGCACCGGAGUCUAGUGGCUCGAGGAAGAAGGGCGCCAAGAAAGGCAUGCUUUCGGCCGGCAGGUGAAGAGGAAAUUUGCUUAGCUGAAAAAAUUUUCACAUUUUGAGCAAAUUCUAAAUAGUGUUUGUUAUGAAAUUAAAUCCUUUCCUUUCUGGUUUGAAUUUUUGUUUACUUUUUUAGUCUACGACAUAUGGGAUCACAUUUUUCAGGAACAUAAAGAGUUAUGAGAAAUUGAUUUGUUAAUUUUGCUAAAA